AUGGAGUCUAAUAGCUCCGACGCGGGCCCUGGUGACUUGGAGAAGCGGUUCAAACCGCUCGGUAAGCACCUUGGCGAAGGUACCUAUGGUACCGUAUCGAUGUUCCUGGAUACUCUAACUGGGAAGAAUGUUGCCAUCAAGAAGGUUAAGAACAUCGAAUGGAAGGGAGAACGGCAGGUGGUGGGUAUGGUGGGCAUCCACUUUACCACGCUCCGUGAGCUUAAGGUGAUGCGGGAGCUCAAUCACCCUAACUUGAUGGACGUGGUUGCCGUAUUCGUAUCGCAGGGGUUCAUCAACAUCGUGAUGAAUUUGAUGGCAGGUGACCUGAAGAAGGUUAUCGAUUCCAGGGUACGGUUGACCGUGCCGCAGCAGAAGUGCAUCAUGUGGCAAUUGCUUAAGGGCCUGGAAGAGUUGCACGGAAACUGUUUCGCGCACCGUGACCUGUCUCCAGCAAAUGUGUUUAUCACAGAUGGUGGUGUUUUGAAGAUUGCGGAUUUUGGCCUUGCACGGAGGUGCGUGUACAGCCCGAUGGUCCCUCCCACCACCAAGCGUAUCAACCCGGCAGAGCUGGAUAAGUACUGCGUUAGAGAGAAGAUGACGUAUCGCGUUGUGACACUGUGGUACCGCAGCCCCGAGCUGCUGCUCGGCGCUGAAGCCUACCACUUCGCCUGCGACUUGUGGUCUGUGGGUUGCAUCUUCGCCGAGGUGUUGGAUCAUAAACCUUUGUUUCCGGGAACAAAUGAGAUCGAUCAGAUCGGUCGCAUAUACAAGUUGCUUGGCACGCCAUCAGAAACCAACUGGCCCAAUGCCAUGAAAUUGAAGCUGUACACGCCUUUCAGCGUCGAGCAGCCUAAGCAACUUGACAGUGUUUUAAAGGGGCAGUCACCUGAAGCUCUUGAUCUCCUACAACGAUUGCUAAAGCUCGAUCCGAACGAGCGCAUCACUGCUAAAGAGGCCUUGGCCCACGAGUACUUCACCACUCCCCCGAUGAUGUGUAAACCCGAGCAACUACCAUUUGACUUCAUGGAGGGGAAGAAAUCGCUUUCGAGCGCAAAGGCGGGGCCGGGGAUCAAGACCGAAUAG